AUGCAGUCCACAGACCUUCAGGAUCUAUUGAUGUGCGAUCCAUAUUUUGAAGGCUUCACAAACACGAAUACAUUGGCUACCAAUGAUUCCUCAACUGCGCAACUUCCGUCAGCGACAUUGUCCGAGUUUGAGGCUCAAAUUCAAGCAAUGUUGGCAGCCAAUAACAACGAAAUGACGAAUUCUCGCGCAAACGAUCUUUCGUUUGAUAAUUUCAUAUAUACCGCCUCUCCCGAGAACGGUUUAUUCGCUUCUCUGAGUUCCCCCGAAUCUUUUAUAGCCUCGCCAAAUUCAUACACGACCCUUGACGAUUUGACCUCUCCUUCUCCUCCGACCUUCAAUUCUACUGACUUCACCAUUUCUCCAAGUAGUGCCACAAUGACUGACUUCAAUCAUUAUUCCCCAAUGGAUAAAUCUAUUGACAGAUUAUUACCCACUCAAUCUGAGCUUGAUGCUUUGUUUGCUCAGACCGAAAACACGAAGAGGCACAUCUCGAUUGAUCACAACUCGAUUGAUCACGACUCGGUCUCUUCUGACAACAACUCUUUGAAAAAGAAACGGAAAAGCGUUGGGGGUGUCAUCAAAUCCGUAAAGAAAACAAAUACCGGCAUGAAAAAUCUCAUUAAAAACGAGCCAAACCCAAACACAUUGUUCAACGAAUCGAUGCCGGUCGUGUGCAUGGACGGUUCAAAUAUAGGUUCCAGCAUAGGUUCCGGGGCAAAUAGCAUUGUGGUCCCCAGCUCUCCCGCGGACAAUGUAGAUGCCUCCUGCGGUUAUACCACGAAUUCAGUUUUAACAUUCAAUCAUAUUCCUUGGGCCGGUGCUCCGAAUCAGGCUGACGGAAUAAUAGAUGGUUCCCGAUACCCGAGCGUGCCAUCACUUCCGGCAUCAUGUGACGGAAAAAAUGCUACCACAAAGUUGCCCAUAACACGUCUCAAGAAUACGAACAUUUCACAACCACAACAAAAUACCCCUGUACAACUUAACAAGCAACAAAAAAAGGUUGCUCACAAUGCCAUUGAGCGUCGCUACAGAAACAAUAUUAAUGAUCGUAUCAAUGAUCUCAAAAAUGUGGUACCUGCCCUCUGCCAUUUGAAGAGUAAGGACAGUAAAGAUGAUGACGAAGACGACGAAGUUGAUGGCAUUCCUGCGGCCACGAAGUUGAACAAGGCUACGAUCUUGAGAAAAGCGACAGAAUAUAUUGUCUAUCUAAAGAAGAGCAACGAGAAGAUCAAGGGUGAUAACGAGAUCUUGAGAAAUUUGCUGCAAGCCUUGCCCGGUGGCAUCGAACUAUUAAAUGAUUAUAUUGCCAGACGGGAUAAGAUUCCCGGAGACACACCACCGGAUACACCCGAUGCUCCGUCACCUGAUUACGAUUUCCCACUGACACCCCCUCAUAACACAAAUCCUGCUCCGAGAGCAUUGAUGGCUUUGUUCAUGUGCAUGACGUUCUUUUCAUCACCCUCAAGUGUCGGCAAUCAUGCCUCCCACCAUCACAGUGACAACAGUCGCGUGGUCACCAACGAAACUCCUCUAGAUAUACCUGUGAUUGGGGUACUUGGCAAGGAUCUUUACUUUCCUUAUUUGUCUGACAUACAUCAUCCGACCAUCCCUGUUUUCAAACCAGUCUCGACAUGUUCAAAAAUCAAAGAAAAUCAUAAUUCCUUGUCAAGUCUUUGCUACACUUCUCCGAUGAAUAUCCUAGAAAUUGUCAUCGGUGUAAUAACCGAGUCUUUCAAGCUCAUGUUAAGAAAGUUUUUGGGUUGGGACAUUUCAGUUGGAUACGCUCAUGCUGAUACAGAGGAGAAACUUUGGGAGGUGGCAUUAUGGAGUAGACUUGGGGAGAGAAUUGUGUCACAUUUUUGGAAUUUGGCUAUCAAAGAAAAAGGAUCAAGUGGUCCCGAAGAGAAAUGGCUCGAGAUUGCUUUGAUUAGUGACCAAAACAAUGACACAUGGAGGGGAGUGGCUGAUAGGAUCAGUGACCAUGUUCUUGGUCUCUCAAAAAAUAAAGAAUUCAUAGAAUCUAUGAGCAACACCACUGUUCCCCUCACCCACAUUUCAGAUGCGCAAGCCUUGAUCCAUCUGAAAGAUGCAUUUUCCAACCUUAUUUCUGUAAAAUACGGAAAGAAGAAGAGUCAAAAGAGAAGUCGAUAUACCUUUUUCGAUCUUCUUGGUGUGUCCACACCCGCAUCACCGACGCAUUGGUACGCUCUGGUAGGAUGUGCAGUGCAAGCAUUCUCUGAAGGAGAAAAUAAAGUGGGCGAAAGUCUCGUAAAUAAGUUGAGGGAAGAAUACCCCAAAAUAGAUAAUGACGCCAGUAAACGAAUUAUUUCCAUGGGCUUAUUCUCAUAUUACCUUUUGAUGUAUGGCAAAGUUGAAGCUUCCAUUCGAUGUGCAGACAAAGUGAGCAGUGCUGUUGCCUUACGAAAGAAAGAAAAAAAAUCUGGAAUCAUCGAUGAUGAAUCUUUGGAUGAUAAAGAAUCAGAGACAGAAAAGAUACUGAAAGAGGUUCAUCAUUUGGCAGAGUUUUGCGUGGGAUGGAUCGUUUUAGAAGCAAGGGUACUAGGGUGGAAAAUUAUUGAAGGACUAUCAUCGGAAACCAAGGAAAAUCCCUUACCUGACGUUCUAGACGUAGAGGCCGAUGUGUUUAACGACAUUCCAAAAGCUCGAGAGGGGUUUAUAAAACGACUUGACGCUCUCGGAAGAAUUUCCGGUGGGGCUGACGAGGGCGCUGAGGAGACUGAGGAGGAUGAUAAAGUAAAAUCGAGUUGCACUGAAAAUAGAGCUAUAAGAUCAUGGAAUGUCUUAAAAGGCAUGUAA